CCAAUUUUUCCUUCUUCCUUUUUGUUUAAUUUCCAAAGGAUUCGAAAAUGAAAAACGAAGCAAGCAGUAGCAAUAGCCAAGAAGAAAGCUUGGUCGUCGAUUGCGGCCGCCGCCGAAGCUCUUGCGGUUAUUGUAAAUCCGCGGGUCGAACCAGUAUCUCUCACGGUUUAUGGGCGCAUAGUAUUACAGUUAAUGAUUAUCAAGAUCUUCUUGACCGUGGUUGGAGGAGAUCCGGCUGUUUCCUCUAUAAACCUGAGAUGGAAAGGACAUGCUGUCCAUCUUAUACUAUUCGUUUGAAGGCAAGUGAUUUUGUUCCUUCUAAGGAGCAACGUCGAGUUUAUAGACGAAUGCAGAGGUUUUUGGAUGGCACACUUGAGGUGGGGAAACCAAUGGAACUUGCGGACGAUCCAAAUGCUUCUAAGCAUACAGGCAGCUCUGUCAAUGAUUUAGUCUCAAGCUUAUCAGGGAAUGAAUCUUUAUCUUGUGGCACUAAAAGGGAAAAUAAGGCAGAAGAGUUUAUGAACCAUUUGUCUAACCAAAUAGACAAAGUGGUACGUGCAUAUAUUGAAAGUGGUGAAUUUCCUUCUGGAAUUCAAUUGCCAAAAGCUGCAGUGAAAAUGGUUUCACAUGCCAAAAGAAAGUUAUCAGUUCAAGGGUCGGAAGAUCUUCUAUACUCCAGCAACAUUGCCUUCCAGAUAGCAGCCACUUUGAGGCGGACACGAUCAGCUGAGAGGGAUGUCCAACAAUUAAGAACAUCAAAGCAUAGUGCAGAAGAAGUUGAUCUGUGCCCCAAAUCUAUUGCUGAAAAAUUGGCAGCCUCUUUAAAUCAACUAGCAAAUAUUCCCGAGUUGUCUAUUAGGGCAUGCAAUGGCCAUAUUAAUUUUUAUUCUACUGCAAAAUGUGGAUCUUCGGGUAAAGAUGAUCAAGUUGUUUCUUUGCCUGAAGAAUCUGAGAGUAGAAGUCAAAGCUCUUCUACAAAGAAGAGCUCUGAACACUGUCAAGGGCAAAAGAGGAAGCUUGAGAUUCGUAUGAAAAGGUCCACUUUUGAUCCGGAAGAGUAUGCAUUGUUUAAGCGUUAUCAAAUUAAAGUGCACAAUGAUACACCAGAUCGUGUCACAGAAAGCUCAUACAGGAGGUUUCUUGUUGACACUCCCUUAUUUUUUGUUUCUCCAUCCACUGAUGGCAUGGUUCCUCCAUGUGGCUUCGGCUCAUUCCAUCAGCAAUACAUCAUUGAUGGCAAGCUAGUUGCUGUUGGUGUGGUGGAUGUCCUUCCCAGAUGCUUGUCAAGUAAGUAUUUAUUUUGGGAUCCUGAUUAUGCAUUUUUAUCAUUGGGUAAAUAUUCAGCUUUGCAAGAGAUUGAUUGGGUGAAAGAGAACCAAGCCCAUUGUUCCAGUCUUCAGUAUUAUUAUAUGGGCUAUUAUAUACAUUCCUGCCGCAAGAUGAUAUAUAAAGCAGCAUAUUACCCAUCUGAGCUUCUUUGCCCUCUUCGUUACCAGUGGGUUGCAUGUCACAUAGCGAGGCCGUUGCUUGAUAAAAGGAAAUAUGCGGUCUUAUCUGAUUUUGCCAGUUUACAAGAUGGGGAGUCCUCCCAAUCCUGUAUUCCUGAAAGUGCCAUGGAAUUGCAACAUGAUGAGAAUGGACUAGAAGACUCAAAUGAUGUUCUUAUGGGUGAAGAUGAACAGAUGAUUGAGAUUGAAUCUGAGAGCUCUGAUGAAGAAUUGGAGCCAGAAACUACUGUCCUGGGAUCUGCUGCAAUAGAUGAUGGUGAUGUGACUAAUGUUUUAGUUGGACUUAGAGGUUCACGACUAAGAUACAAGGAUCUACAACAAGCAUUUGGUCCCUCCGAAAGGAAUUACUUGGAAACACAAUUGCACAGUUACCAGAGAGUGGUGGGUGUAGAGCUGUCCGAGCGAAUGGUUUAUUCACUUGGCUAGACUUAAUUCGAUUUGGAUGGCUUGAAAAGUUUGGUCUUGAAUCAAUGUACCUUAAGUCUUCUAAGCUUUACUUGGAGUAGGGGUCACUUCAGUGUAAAUCCAUUCAGUUAAAGCAGCAAAGAUUCCUUAAUAGGUACGUCUAUCACUCAUAUACGCAUCCGACAUGUUCUCUUGGUUUGGCAAAUGAAAUCAGGUGCUUUCUUUGGUUCAGGAACUCAAAUAUGCUUAUGCUUUUUACUUAUAGUGACAAUUAUAUGCCAUUAAAUAAGAUUUGCUUUGCCAUUAUUGUAUUUGCUUUGACAUUUAGUAUGUAUACAAUUUGGUCAUUUCCCCAA